UGCCUCCAAACACUACACAGCCGAUUCUCGCUCGGUCUUCACUUAUAAACAGCGGACAGGCAGGAGUAUAAAUUCUCGGUUCCUGUGGUCGCCGUGUGCGACACAGUAAUGUGUUUGGUAAUAUUUUCAGGUCAAGGCUGCAUCCAAAGUGGGCUUUUUGCGUUCCCCUUCUCACCCCAUAAUCGGCAGAUGAACGCCCACACCUCUUUCUCCCAGCCAAGUAUUGUGUAAGUGCCAGGAGGAGGCCACCGUGUCAGCAAGCUGAGAGGGAAACUGAGGCAAGAUGUCAGGCCGGAGCGGGAAGAAGAAAAUGUCCAAGCUGUCCCGGUCAGCCAGGGCCGGUGUCAUCUUUCCAGUAGGUCGGUUGAUGCGUUACCUGAAAAAAGGGACGUUCAAGUACCGGAUCAGUGUCGGCGCACCCGUCUACAUGGCCGCCGUCAUUGAAUACCUGGCAGCGGAAAUCCUCGAGUUGGCUGGGAAUGCCGCAAGGGACAAUAAGAAGGCCCGGAUAGCCCCCAGACACAUCCUGCUGGCCGUUGCCAACGAUGAGGAGCUCAACCAGCUGCUGAAGGGAGUGACCAUCGCCAGUGGGGGUGUCCUGCCGAGAAUUCACCCUGAACUGCUGGCCAAAAAGCGAGGGACCAAAGGGAAGUCAGAAACGAUCCUCUCCCCAGCCCCAGAGAAAAGAGGGAGGAAGGCCGCCUCGGGCAAGAAGGGGGGCAAGAAAUCCAAGGCCACCAAGCCACGGACGUCCAAGAAGUCCAAACCAAAGGACAGCGAUAAAGAAGGGACAUCACAUUCCACCUCAGAAGACGGGCCGGGGGACGGUUUCACCAUCCUGUCUUCCAAGAGCCUCGUUCUGGGGCAGAAGCUAUCCCUGACCCAAAGUGACAUCAGCCAUAUUGGCUCCAUGAGGGUGGAGGGCAUCGUCCACCCAACCACAGCCGAAAUCGACCUCAAGGAAGAGAUAGGAAAAGCCUUGGAAAAGGCUGGGGGUAAAGAGUUCUUGGAAACAGUAAAGGAGCUUCGCAAAUCCCAAGGCCCUUUGGAAGUUGCUGAAGCUGCCGUCAGCCAAUCCAGUGGACUCGCAGCCAAAUUCGUCAUCCACUGUCACAUCCCCCAGUGGGGCUCCGACAAAUGUGAAGAACAGCUGGAAGAGACCAUCAAGAACUGCCUGUCCGCAGCGGAGGACAAGAAGCUGAAGUCUGUCGCCUUCCCGCCUUUCCCCAGCGGCAGAAACUGCUUUCCCAAACAGACAGCCGCCCAGGUGACCCUCAAGGCCAUCUCUGCCCACUUCGAUGACUCAAGCGCAUCCUCGCUGAAGAACGUGUACUUCCUGCUCUUCGACAGCGAGAGCAUCGGUAUCUACGUACAGGAGAUGGCCAAGCUGGACACCAAGUAGCUCUCCAGCGGGGACGGAGGAGGACCAGGACCAGUGUCACGUCACAAGAGCGGGGGUUUUAUUUUUUAAAAGGAUUGAGAAAGGGUGACAUGGCAUGGGGAGCAGAGGGCGGCCGAGAGGGUAGCAAAGGCCGUGGGAACAGGUCCUGCCUGCCUGGGGAAGGGGCCCAGCGCAUUUUAUAUUCUCUUUACAAAGGGCCUCUCCCGAAAUUAACCAGGUCUCCCCCAGGGGUUUCUUUCCAUGUGUUUUCUUCCUGUUGUUUUAGAACUUUUUUUAAAAAAAACAAACAAACAUAAAAAUAGACCUUGUUUAGAUUUAUAGCACUGACUUUUACUCUCUCUCUCUCUCUCUCUCUCUCUCUCUCUCUCUCUCUCUCUCUCUCUCACACACACACACACACACACACACACACACACACACACACAUCUUUUCAAAAGGUCUUAAGACUUUGGUUCCUCCUUUUUCCAAGUGAAGAGGGUGUGACGACCACUUGGGUGUAUUGGCUGUCUCCCUCAGUGAAGAGAAGAUGGGAAAGACGUUCUAGGGUGCUUUUCUCUUCUGUUUUAGGGUCCCCUCCCUGACCCCUAAAAUAUUUGUAACUACACCUAAAACGAUUUUUUUGCCUCGGGAUCUUUCUUUGUUCAGUUUUGUUUUUUAAAGAAAAAGAAAAAU